UGAAAGGAUAAAGUCAUUGUGGUAUGUCCAUACAAUAGAAUACUACUCAGCAGUGGAAGGAACAAACUUUCAGUACAUGCAGUAAACUCAAAGGCAUCUCCAAGUGUGCUGAGUGAAAGAAGCUAUUCUAAAAAGAUUUUAUGCUUUUUGAGCUCAUUUGCAUGACACUCUUGAAAAGAAUAAACCAUAGCAAGAGAGACCAGAGCAGGAAUGGCAGGGGUUAGGGUUUGGAAGGAGUUUACGGUCUGAAUACAAAGGGAAAGUAGGAGGAAGGUGUUUGGGGUGAUGUGUCCUGAUGGUGGUGGCAGCUACAGAAACUCAUACAUCUGUUAAAAUUAUAGAGCAAUACACAAUUAAGUCUAUUUUACUAUGUGUUAGUUUAUAAAAUAAAAUAAGGCCAUGUAAUGUGGACCAUCAAUAUGGAGCUCAAAAUUGCAUGCAUGGCAACAUCAUACUACUUCGUGGAUUUACUGCCAGUUUCUGUAGAGGAGGCUGGCGUCUCUACCGCCUGCAUCUCUCCUGCCGCAGACCCCUUCUUGCAUUCCUGCCCUUGAUUAGGAUGUCCUCCUCUUCCAAAUGCUAGUUCUUUCUGAGCCGUGAGACACUUCUGGCUAUAACACCUUUUCUGCACUGAGGUGGCCUUUCUAGCUUUCCAUAGUGCAUCACCUCUGCAGCUAGAUAUUAAUCCUUUAGAGGAAAAAAAGACAAACUUCCUCAUAUUCCCCAAAGCAUGUGACAGGUUGACUCACAGCAAAUACAAAGAGAACACGGGACAACAACCACAGAAUACUCAUGCCGCAGCUGUCUGGAAAGAGCUUGCCCUGGGAAGAGGAAGGCUCCAUCCCUGGGUCUGAUGCAAGAGCCAGGGAGCCUUGGGUGAGCUGUAUGGUGUAGCAGAUUUCUGCUUCCUCAUGUAUAAAACUGAAACAGGGAUUUGCUGAGAGAAGUUUUAGCUCUAAAGUUUCACAAUGAGGCACCUUGGAGAGCUAGCGGAAGAAUGAAAGAGAAUGCUCUGAUGACAUUCACAUCUUGGAACACUUCCUGAUUUUAGACCUGUGGCUAAGGAGUAUUUGUAGGGGCACAGGAAAAGCCACACCUCAGUUCUUACAGGGUGACAACUAGUACAGGGGACUGCAUGGGCCAGAAGCCUCUGUAUCUGACCCACCUUUAAAUUUUUUUUUUUUUAUUAUGGUAAAAUACAUACAAGUUUUACCCUUGUAACUAUCUUUCAGCACAGUUCAAUGCUAUUUGUUAUACGGCCACCACACCAGCCCUCUCCAGAACGUUCGCAAUUUCCCAGCCUGAUACCGUCCCACUGAACACUGACUCCACAGCCCCUUCUCCCCGCAGCCCUGCAAGCACUGCUUCCCUGUCUGCCUUGUGAAUUUGAACUCCAGGUCUCUUGUGGGAAUGACUCCCCAGUAGUGGUUAUUUCAUACCUGGUUUAGCUGGUAGUGUCCUCGAGGCCCACAUGUCACAGCAUGUGUGAGCACUUCCGUCCUUCAGAAGGAUGAGCAAUAUCCCACUGUGUGUGACAAUCACACUGUGUUUAUCCAUUCACCCACCAAGUGCAUGUUUGGUGGUUUCCACCGAUUGGCUGUUUUCACCUUGUGAGGGACCCUGAUGCCUCCCCGCUGAUAUGAUCUGGUGGGUGCCCUCAGACAGUCCUGCCCCAACUCCCUCUGUCCUUUCCUCACUUGCCUGAAGAGAAUCUCUCCAUUCUCGGAAUGAAUUCCAGCAUUCCUCGCAUGGUGGUGCCGCCGUUCGGAAGGCCAAGCAGCUUUCCUGUGUGAAGCUCACGGACAGCUUAGGGGUCUCUGGGUUGAGAAGCAGGCCCUCCACCUCCACCAGGGCUCUGAUCAGCUGUGGGCCAUGUGCCCUCAGGGUGGGCACAGAGUCUGCCAGAUGGGCAGGCAGGAGGUGCCCACAUCUCAGGCCCACUGCUGCCCUCCUUGCUGGCCAAAGCACCUUGUUCUCCUCCAGGGUAGCCAGGUCACCCCCUGAGAUUCGAGUCUCUCCCUGUGCCUAGCUUGUUUCACGCCACUUGCCUUCUUUGCAGGUGACUUAGAGGCAGGAAGGCACUUGCACUUACACUCUGAUGACAUUUUUAGACUUGGUUUUCUGCACAAACAUAGGUAAAUUUGCUAAUGGCGGUAAAAGUGAUCAUACGUGCGUUCACACUCUUGUUAGCCUAGUGUUUCUUUUUUACUAAAUAGGAUGUCAUGAGUCUUUUUUCAUAUCAACAUACAUUUGCAUCUUGAUGAAUAAACAACAAACUUCUUGAUGGCAAAUAACGUUAUACUGAAUUGUUUUAGAAACUGUGGGAGGGGUCCACGCCAAUCAUUUCAUUUAUCUUUAAAUAAAUUUCUCCUUUGGCCUGUUUGCACUGUUUUUGACAUAUUAGUUUUCCCUCAACUUGCAACAACGCCGGUGACCAGCAGGGUGCGCUCAUGGACGUGGCUCCUGGUUGCGCGCAGGUUCCGACCGGCUUCCGGAAGGGAUUUUCUGCUGUUCUGCAGUUGUCGUAUAGUCCCGACAGCAUGGAGUCAGACUCAGCUUCUGACGGACGCCGGUCAGGUCAGUGGUCCUCAGACGCAGCGCAGCAGGUUCCCUGGAUGCAGAGGCUGGCUCCUGAGCGCAGGGAGGCACGGUGUCCGCACCAUUUGCAUCUGGGCUCGCGGAAGCACACGCUGCAUUCGUUCCCCUGGGAGGCAAAUGCGCAGUCACGACCAAGCUAGCUUGCUGGGCCGGAGGCGUCGCGGCCAGGACGGAAGAGUGCUCCCUCUUCCCUUACCUCCUGCAUGCGGGAGGCACGUUCACUGCAGCGCCGCGCUCGCUGCUGCCCGCCCUGAGCGGCGCCUCACCGCGGGUUCCGGCCGGGACCCUGCUCUCGGCCGCGCUCGCCGGCUCUCGCCCCAGGACGGCAGACCGAGCACCGAGCACCGAGCACCGAGCACCGAGCACCGAGCACCGAGCACGGACAGUGCCGCAGGCCCAGCCAGCCUGUCCGGGCCGCGUCAGCACGGCUCCAGGGUCCCUCCUCUGCAGCCCUGUCCCCAUGGUGGGCAAGGUCACAUCUUUCACACGUCACUGACGAUGCCCUGGCCUCCAUCCCAUCAGAAAGUGCAUUGUAGUGUUUUGCUUUUAAUAUAUUUAUUGUGUACCCGUUGCUGGGAAAUUGGUCAUUCCUACGGCUGAAUGCGGAUGACGCGUGCUCUGACUUUACCUGUGACCAGGAGGUCGCUCGUGUGUGGAGCCGUAUCUGGAGCCCCGUGUCCCUCUGCGAACCUGAAACUGGGUGUUCUUGUGGAGGCCACCAAGGGCGGGCAGGGCAGAUGACCAUCUCGUGUUCACUGCUGGCUCGAGGGUGAGGAACUGCAGCUCAGACGAUGAACAGCAGGCCCAGCGCCGUGCUGCUGCUGAGCGGUAGAAUGAGCCCCAGACCAUGUGCCUGUGACUCUCAGCACCCCUACACCAAGGUGCACAGAUGCCUCCCACGCUGCAGUGUGCUGUGAGGACAGCACAUCCAGGGAUGUUAAGAGCCAGGGAUGGCCAGGCGAGCAUUUACAGGCAAAGCAGACUUCCUCCCAGGGGCACUGAGACAAGUGACUGGGCGUGUGGACGGCAGGGCCAGCCCUCCUUGUCCUUCACUUGGCUCUGGGCUUCCAGCCACUUUCACAUGAACAGAGAUUGCGGCCGUUCCUGCGGGCAGAGCGCCUCCCUGGGCUCCGUUCGGACUUUCUCUGCAGUGACUUCCCUCCAGCGGUGCUCACUGUUGCCUCGUGCCAGCCUCUGCCUGGGCCUGAGCCCCUGGGAUCCAGGAGUGACAGGGCUGCCAGAUGGGACCUGAGAAAUGUCUGUCCAUCUCUAGUAAGUUGUUUCCCCUUAUGUGCUUCCCACCUUCUUUCUCUCCAGAAUAUUUACUUUUGAUUCUCAAAAGCUAUUCUGUUUAUGUAAGUACCCCUCUAUCUGCCCUCCGAGCCCCAGAAAAAUAGGCAGUGCUGGUCCCAAGGAGAAUGCGGAGUCUCUGGAAGGGAAGAACUCCUGGCCUAGAGGCCCGGCCCUGAUGAAGCACUCAGCAGCGCUGGAACCAAUCUUUUUUUCCAUGUCGUGUGACAUCCAACUUCACGGUUGGGGAGCCUUUCCCCUUUGCUGGUAUUUUUGCAGAGAGAGAGAGAGAGAGAGAGAGGGAGCAAGCGAGAGAGCAAGAGAGAGAGAAGGCAGUGUUUGGUGGGGACCGUGGGCUCAGCAGUGCUCAUCAUGGCCAAGGGUCUGACCGGAGGGCAGGGGGCUUCGGUUCCUCCUACUGUAUGUUGCUGACCAGUCUGUGGCUGCCGCCCAGUGGCUCGGUCCCCUCUCCAGGCCUGUUUCAAGAGUCCUUCAUCAUAGAAUCUCGGGAUGAUAAAUGUAUUUUGAUGUAUAUUUCCACCCCUGCAAUGCUUUCUGUGUGGCCGAUGCUAUUAAAUGCAUGCUCUGGGAAUCGUAGUAAUUUUCUUGAAAUAAUAAAGAAUCCCCCAUGCUGGGGAAAGACAUUCAA